CCGCCACAAUGCGAAUUUCAAUCUACUUUCACUAAAAUCCAAUUUUUUUUUUUUUUAAGUUGAUACCGCAAACACUUCAACAAGGUAAAAAACAACUCGCUGCUAACCGACUCAGUCCGAGUCUCAAGCGAUUCUUCGUUUUCUUACCCUCCUGACUCGAUGAAAGGCGGUCAAACCAAAUCCGAAGCGACGAGCACCGAUCAAAGACGCAAAACCAGAGGAAGGAAGAAGAAGACGACGACCAAGGACCCAAACAAACCUAAGAGACCUCCAAGUGCCUUCUUCGUCUUCCUAGAUGAUUUCCGACGGGAGUUCAACGAGGCGAACCCUAAUAACAAGUCCGUCGCCGCCGUUGGUAAGGCUGCUGGAGCUAAGUGGAAGUCUAUGAGUGAGGAAGAGAAAGCUCCUUACGCUUCCAAGGCAGAGAGCAGGAAGAGUGAGUAUCUCAAGAGUAUGCAACAGUACAACAUGAAUCUGGCUAGUGGCACCAAUAGAGGUGAAGAUGAUGAAUCCAAGUCUGAAGUGGAUGAAGCUGGAGGAAGCAACGAGGAGGAAGAAGACGAGGAUUAAGGAGUCUACUAGUUAUUAUUUCCAUUGACUGACUCAGAUUUGAGGAUUUGCUUAGAUGAUGUGACCUUCAACUGAAAACAACUGGUUUAUGUUCUGUGUGUUUGUUAUAUUAAGAAACUCAUUUGCUACUCUUCCUAGUGUUUUAGAUCAGUUGUGAUAAUGAUAUGGAUUUAGUUUAAGCUUUUCAUUUCUACUUAUGGUAUCGUUGACUUCUCUUUGACUUUUUUCAACUUGUUGUGCUCUCUCC